AUGAGCAGCUUUAUUGACUCGAUAUUGACUGAACUUGGAUUCCGCAGUCGCGUGCUUCAUACGGCGGAAACUCACGACCAAUUAGAGGCCUUGCCAAAUGGAGAAAUAACCGCGCCAUCGAGCCCAAACGGAGACGCUGAGACUCAAGGCUCUGGAAAGGACCACAGAAAACUAAAGCCAAUCAAUGGAGACGCUAGCAUUUUGCCUGACCGCGUCUUCUUCACAGCUCUACCGAAAGAGAUGGAUGGCCGGACCGCAGAGCUAGAGAGCUCUCAAACCCAACCUUCCCAGAACCCGAGUGUCGACAAUGAAACAUCGACAUUAACCAAUAUCCUUUCCACCGAAUAUGCUGAUAAUCACGUCACGAAUAUGCGAAUAAUCAAUGGAGAGAAUCAAAACUUUCUACAAAAUAAUACACCCGCUCCAUAUACAACACCGUUGCGCACCACAUCAGGACUCAAUUCAGACGAAUCCGGGCAUUUGCAGGAUGCGACGCAGGCCACGGUGCUCCAGCCUCUUUCACCAACAACAUAUUACGCGUCGCUGGGCAUUCAAACCCCAAGUCAUUCGCAGAGUCAAUAUCACUCUUCCGAGAAUCAAGGCCUGUCUGGCCAGGUUCUCAUUAGCCAUUCACCCACAACUUCAAUCCCACAGCCUGAGAUCCAAUUUGUGCUAAGCCCGGACGACCUGCAGCCCACAUACGCUCCAAAACUUGAACCAGAAUCGCCAAUCAAUGACGAAAAUUAUGUGGGUGACGAAGACCCAGACACGGAAGAUUGCGAUGAAGCUGUAUUGGGUUGUCAGCACUAUCAUCGCAAUGUGAAAUUACAGUGCUUCACUUGCAAAAAGUGGUACACUUGUCGAUUCUGUCACGAUGCUGUCGAAAGCCAUCAUCUCAUUCGACGAGAUACCGAAAACAUGUUGUGUAUGCUGUGUGGUCAUGCUCAGCCUGCCGCCUUUGGGACAAUGACAGCAAGAAAAGCAUCUAUCAUUGUCACGACUGUGGUAUCUGUCGAAUUGGACAGGGACUUGGCAAGGACUUCUUCCAUUGCAAGACAUGCUCGCAAGACGAUUUCAAACAUGGAGUCAACCUUCAGAAAUCUGGACCGCACAAUCGAAAGCCAGCCUAUGCCUGCGGAAUUUACAGAUACGAAGGCUUUGAUUUACUGCAACGAUUGUGGCGCCAAAUCCGUUGUCAAAUAUCACUGGCUGGGCCUCAAGUGUGAUUUGUGUGAAUCUUAUAACACAGCCCAGAUUCGGGUUUUGCAAGGUGACGACGUUCCCGACAUUACAGAAGAAGUCGGGCUUGGAUCAAUGACGCCGCGUCCCCGGUCAGCGUCUGUUAGCACACCAGGAGAAACUGCAACCUCUCUGGCUGCUCUACACUUGAAUGCCACACCGACCUCUCAGCACCUCAGCUCCUCUUUAUCCACCGUCUCCGCUCAAGACACGAGAUUUAUAUCAUACAACAUCACACAUGGACGUGCGAUUUCGCCAGUCGUUCGCAAUUAUUUUGGUUUACCCACCGACCGCGAGCCGGAGAAACCCUCCAGUAUGCCCUUUUUUGGAAAUGCAUUCCGGGCUGAAGGCGAAACCGACUAUGGUGCCCUCAACUUCUUGAGUAAGAAACUGCGCGAUCGAUAUGGAUUCUUAGGAGGGGAAUCAUCAACCGCUGAACAUGCUCCUAUAAUUGCGGAGGAUGAUGAAGAUGACGAUGACGAUGACGGCUCAGCCUCCUCAUCCGAUUCCUCGAAUUCUGAUCGGGAGGACGAUGAAGAAGACGACGAAGAGGGUGAUGAGUACAUUGACAUUUUCGGUCACCGAUGA